GGCGCGGGCGGGGCCGGCGGCGCGGCUUCAUCUGCGGACGCACGGCCUGCUCCGGGGCUGCUUCCCCAGGGCGCCGGGCGGCGAGCGGCUGGGCCGGCCAUGGACCGCCGCUGGGGCUUCCUGAUCGGCCUCCUGAGCGCCGCGUGGCUGCUGCUCCGCUCCGGCCACGACGAGCCGCGGCCCCCGGAGACGCCCCCGGAGACCGCGGCGCAGCGGUGCUUCUGCCAGGUCAGCGGUUACUUGGAUGAUUGUACCUGUGAUGUUGAAACCAUUGAUAAAUUUAAUAACUACAGGCUUUUCCCAAGACUACAAAAACUUCUUGAAAGUGACUACUUUAGAUAUUACAAGGUAAACCUGAAGAGGCCCUGUCCUUUCUGGAAAGAUAUCAGCCAGUGUGGAAGAAGAGACUGUGCCGUGAAGCCUUGUGAAUCUGAUGAAGUUCCUGAUGGAAUUAAAUCUGCAAGCUACAAGUAUUCUGGAGAAGCCAAUAAUCUCAUUGAAGAAUGUGAACAGGCGGAACGACUUGGAGCUGUGGAUGAAUCUCUGAGUGAGGAAACGCAGAAGGCCGUUCUUCAGUGGACCAAACAUGAUGAUUCCUCAGACAACUUCUGUGAAGCUGAUGACAUACAGUCUCCUGAUGCUGAGUACGUAGAUUUGCUCCUGAAUCCUGAGCGCUACACGGGUUACAAGGGGCCAGACGCGUGGAGGAUAUGGAAUGUCAUCUACGAAGAAAACUGUUUCAAGCCACAGACAAUUAAAAGACCUUUAAAUCCGUUGGCUUCCAGUCAAGGGAAAAGUGAAGAGAACACCUUUUACAGCUGGCUAGAAGGUCUCUGUGUAGAAAAAAGAGCCUUCUACAGACUUAUAUCUGGCCUACAUGCAAGCAUUAAUGUGCACUUAAGCGCACGCUAUCUUCUGCAAGAUACCUGGUUAGAACAGAUAUGGGGACACAACGUAACAGAAUUUCAGCAGCGGUUUGAUGGAAUUUUGACCGAGGGAGAAGGUCCAAGAAGGCUUAAGAAUUUGUAUUUUAUCUACUUAAUAGAAUUAAGGGCUUUAUCUAAAGUGGUACCAUUCUUUGAGCGCCCAGAUUUUCAACUCUUCACUGGGAAUAAAGUUCAGGAUGCAGAGAACAAAAUGUUACUUCUGGAAAUACUUCAUGAAAUCAAGUCAUUUCCUUUGCAUUUUGAUGAGAAUUCAUUUUUUGCUGGGGAUAAAAAAGAAGCAAACAAGCUAAAGGAGGACUUUCGACUGCAUUUUAGAAAUAUUUCAAGAAUCAUGGAUUGUGUUGGUUGUUUUAAAUGUAGACUGUGGGGAAAGCUUCAGACUCAGGGUUUGGGUACUGCUCUGAAGAUCUUGUUUUCUGAGAAACUGAUAGCAAAUAUGCCAGAAAGUGGGCCCAGUUAUGAAUUCCAACUGACCAGACAAGAAAUAGUGUCAUUAUUUAAUGCAUUUGGAAGAAUUUCUACAAGUGUGAAAGAAUUAGAAAACUUUAGGAACUUGUUGCAAAAUGUUCAUUAAAGAAAAUGAGUUGAAAUGUGCCUGUGCUGGACAAUGGAGGUCAAAGAGAGGAAUGUCAUUCAAAGAAAUAAAAACGACAGUCUAAAGGCAAAUGUUUUAUAAAGCUGCUUUUGUAAAAGGAGAAUUAUAUUAUUUUAAGUAAACAUUUUUAAAAAUUGUGUUAGAUCUGUGUAUAAUAUUGUGAAUAAAAGUGAUACUUUGGGGUAUUGUGGUACAGAUUUUAAAGUUUAAUGUUGAAUAAAAUCAGAAUUAUUAAAUUCAUAUAUGUUAAAACUAAGUACCUGAUGUUCUAAAUCUCUCAAACUAGAAUUUUGUGUAAGAUGUAAUAUAAAUAAAACUAUGGCCAAUAUGACAAGUGUUUAAUA